CACCCCCUCGUGCUUCCAGAAGGGCUGGGCUUCUCUGAGGCUUGGCGGGAAAACGAACCAAGGGGAGGGAUCGUGCGUAGCAGUAUAAAAGCGGCUUUUCGGGGCUUUAUCUGACUCGCUGUAGUAAUUCCAGCGAGAGGCAGAGGGAGCGAGCGGGCGGGUGCUCCUGGGUGGAAGAGCCUAGCUAGGAGAGCCGCGCUCCGGGCGUCCUGAGAAGGCAGAUCCCGAGUGAAAGGGGCUUCGCCUCCGGCCCCGCCGCCCCCACCCCAACCCUCCCGCAGACCUCCCACCAACAGCCCGCAACCCCUCGCCGAAUCCUCGAAACUUUGCCCAUUGAAGCGGGAGGACGCUUUGCACUGGAACUUACAACCCCCGAGCGAGGACACGACUCUCCGGACGCGGAGAGGGUAUCCUGCCUAUCUGGGGACCCUUUUCCCCGCCUUUGCCCAGGACUCGCUCCUCUGAAAGGCGAUCCUCUCUCUGGCUGAAGGCUGGAUUUCCUUCGGAUAGUGGAAAACCCGCAGGCUGCCGCGACAAUGCCCCUCAACGUCAGCUUCGCCAACAGGAACUAUGACCUCGACUACGACUCUGUGCAGCCGUAUUUCUACUGCGAUGAGGAGGAGAACUUCUACCAGCAGCAGCAGCAGAGCGAGCUGCAGCCGCCGGCGCCCAGCGAGGAUAUCUGGAAGAAAUUCGAGCUGCUGCCCACCCCGCCCCUGUCCCCAAGCCGCCGCACCGGGCUUUGCUCGCCCUCCUACGUGGCCUUCGCGUCCUUCUCCCCAAGGGGAGACGAUGACGGUGGCGGCGGCAGCUUCUCCACGGCCGACCAGCUGGAGAUGGUGACCGAGUUGCUGGGAGGAGAUAUGGUGAACCAGAGCUUCAUCUGCGACCCGGACGACGAGACCUUCAUCAAGAACAUCAUCAUCCAAGACUGUAUGUGGAGCGGCUUCUCGGCCGCCGCCAAGCUGGUCUCCGAGAAGCUGGCCUCCUACCAGGCUGCGCGCAAAGACAGCGGCAGCCCGAGCCCCGCCCGCGGCCACAGCGGCUGCUCCACCUCCAGCCUCUACCUGCAGGACCUGAGCGCCGCCGCGUCAGAGUGCAUCGACCCCUCGGUGGUCUUCCCCUACCCGCUCAAUGACAGCAGCUCCCCCAAGCCCUGCGCCUCGCCCGACUCCACCGCCUUCUCUCCGUCCUCGGACUCUCUGCUGUCCUCCACCGAGUCCUCCCCUCGGGCCAGCCCGGAGCCCCUGGUGCUGCACGAGGAGACACCGCCCACCACCAGCAGCGACUCUGACGAAGAACAAGAGGAUGACGAAGAAAUCGACGUUGUCUCUGUGGAAAAGAGGCAGCCCCCUGCCAAAAGGUCGGAGUCAGGGUCAUCCCCUACUGGAGGCCACAACAAACCUCCUCACAGCCCGCUGGUCCUGAAGAGGUGUCACGUCUCCACCCAUCAGCACAAUUACGCAGCACCCCCCUCCACUAGGAAGGACUAUCCAGCUGCCAAGAGGGCUAAGUUGGACAGUGGCAGAGUCCUAAAACAGAUCAGCAACAACCGAAAAUGUGCCAGCCCUAGGUCUUCAGACACGGAGGAGAAUGACAAGAGGAGGACACACAAUGUCUUGGAACGCCAGAGGAGAAACGAGCUGAAACGGAGCUUUUUUGCCCUACGUGACCAGAUCCCAGAGUUGGAAAACAAUGAAAAAGCCCCCAAGGUAGUUAUCCUUAAAAAAGCCACAGCGUACAUCCUGUCCAUCCAAGCAGAGGAACAGAAGCUCAUUUCAGAGAAAGACUUGUUGAGGAAGAGACGAGAACAGUUGAAACACAGACUCGAACAGCUUCGGAACUCUUGUGCAUAAAUUGACCUGUUGGAAGGAGGACCUGGAAUCUCCUGAGUUCUCACUCCUUACUAAAGGAAAGAACCGACAGAACUUCCACUCAUUACAUAAAAACUAUUUCAAGUGCAUGUUAAAAAUGCAACCUCACAACCUUGGCUGGGUCUUGACUGUAAGAGUCAGCCAUAUUGUCAACUGCCUCAGAUGGGACGUUGGGCAUAAAAGAACUUAUUUUAUGCUUACCAUCUUUUUUUUUUUCUCACUUUUAAGAUUUGUAUUUAAGAAUUGUUUUUAAAAAAAAAUCUUAAAAGUUUUCCUGUAUAAAUAUGACCAUCCAAUGCAAAUAACUUUAAUAAAAGGUUUAUAACCGUUAUACAAAAUUUCAAACCAUGU